GGAAAUGUCCACUCGCUGUGGUAGAUUUUGUUGUUGGGACAUCAUAUGAUUAAAAUUUUUCCUGUGCUGAGUUGUGGGAGUAAAUAAAAAUAGAGUCCAAAUGACUGCCGGAAAGAGUGAAAAGGAGGCUGCAGGACAGCUACUGGAUGCAUUGUACCUAGACAUGUUUCACCUGAUUGAAGAGCACACCCAAUGUCGCGUUAACCUGGAAAGGUCCAACGCUAGUGGAGCUAUUCUGCUGGCUCGGACUAGAUUUCAACACGGAGGCAGUAACUCCGUCUCCACGGCGCAGAUACCCACGGAGAAUAGCUCCGAGUUUAAUGCCCUGUGCCGUAUAGUGGACUCGGCGGACGGAAACGGGAUUAGCGUGCAGCGACAGGCAGUGGACAAGAACAACGGCUUCGUGGAGCCCCUUAAUUGGUUCUCAGUUUUACCACCGAUGAGUUUACGGAAUGCUGCAACUAAAUUUAAGGAUUGCAUCGAGCUGGUGGCAGAGAGCACAAACCUUCAACGGCAGCUGGGAGAAGUUCUUGGAUGGAUCGCUAAGCUACGGCAGAGUCCGGUGCUGCAAUAAUUAUUGUAACACACUUCAUACAUUGUUAAGAAUAAAGUAGACUUGAAACUA